AUGGCAUCGUCAGAGGAAUACAAAAUCACCAAACUCAAUAGCAAUGACUUUGACGAGUGGGCUACCCUUUUUCGGGGUUAUAUCGAUUUCUAUGAAACUACAAUCCCUGAGGAUCAAUACCGGAAAACCUUUGAACGAAUCCUUGACACCAACUCUGACCUGUUCGCCUUGGUGAUGAGACAGCAGCAAGGCGAAUCCGGGGAUGGAAAAAUGAUUGCAAUUGCGCACUUUUUCCCCAGCAAACUCCGUGGACUGUCACGCUUAGCAUCCACUAACGCAAAAUGGCACUCAUGGGUAGAUCUCUUUGUGGACCCAGCAGUCAGAGGAAAGGGCCAGGGUCGCAAGAUGAUUCAGGCCGUGGCAGAUGCCUCGAAAGAGAUGGGGUGCCUUCGACUCCAGUGGCUGACGAAGCAUGAUAAUGUUACCGCUCGUCGUCUCUAUGAUACGAUGGCAGAUACCUCGUUUGUUCAGUAUCGCAUGGGUCUUUGA